AACGAGCUGUUGGACUAUGAAGAGGAUGUGGAGCCUCAGGUUGCCCCGGAGACCACCACACCUGCGGGCAAGGAGGAGGUAAAGGGCUCUUAGUCUCCAUCCACAGCUCCGGCUUCCGAGACUUCCUGCUCAAACCAGAGCUGCUCCGCGCCAUUGUCGACUGUGGCUUUGAACAUCCCUCUGAAGUCCAACAUGAGUGCAUCCCACAGGCCAUCCUGGGCAUGGACAUCCUGUACCAGGCCAAGUCUGGUAUGGGCAAGACGGCUGUGUUUGUACUGGCCACCCUGCAGCAGAUUGAGCCUGUGAACGGGCAGGUGUCUGUGCUGGUGAUGUGCCACACACGAGAGCUGGCCUUCCAAAUCAGCAAAGAGUAUGAGCGCUUCUCCAAGUACAUGCCUAUCGUCAAGGCAGCCGUGUUCUUCGGGGGCCUGUCCAUCAAGAAGGACGAGGAUGCGCUGACGAAGAACUGCCCCCACAUUGUGGUGAGAACGCCCGGCCGCAUCCUGGCCCUCAUCCGCAACAAGACCCUCAACCUGAAGAACGUGAAGCACUUUGUCCUGGACGAGUGUGACAAGAUGCUCUCUCCCUCAGACAUGAGGCGUGAUGUUCAGGACAUCUUCAGGCUCGCACCCCACGAGAAGCAGUGCAUGAUGUUCAGCGCCACCCUAAGCAAAGAGAUCCAUCCUGUCUGCCGCAAGUUCAUGCAGGAUCCCAUGGAGGUGUUUGUGGACGAUGAGACCAAGCUGACGUUGCACGGCCUGCAGCAGUACUACUGCAAGCUGAAGGAUGGCGAGAAGAACCGCAAGCUCUUCGACCUGCUCGAGUUCAACCAGGUGGUGAUCUUUGUGAAGUCUGUGCAGCGCUGUGUGGCUCUGUCUCAGCUGCUGGUGGAGCAGAACUUCCCUGCAAUCGCCAUCCACAGGGGCAUGGCCCAGGAGGAGAGGCUUUCCCGGUACCAGCAGUUCAAGGACUUCCAAAGGCGGAUCCUGGUGGCCACCAACCUGUUUGGCCGAGGGAUGGACAUUGAGCGAGUCAACAUCGUCUUCAACUAUGACAUGCCCGAGGAUUCCGACACCUACCUGCACAGAGUGGCCCGUGCAGGCAGGUUCGGGAUGAAAUUAAUUAUAUCGGUCCAUGGCCCUGUAAAGCAGAUGUUAUCUAGAAUCGAGAUGAAUCUAAUGAAUAAGUUGCUUUGAUGGUAAGCUUGAAUGAAGACCAGACACAUUUGGGCUAAUUAGCUAAUAUCAUGUCAUCUGGUGAAGCUCCCUCAGACUACCCAAGUUCCCUAAACGCAACCACAUUUAGAAGAAUAAUUGCUUCCUGAAUUCCUAGUGUAGCAAUAAGCGCCCUCCUGAUAAUCACGUUUCCAUGAAUACCAAGGGGGAACAUGGCUUUAAAGUACACACUUCCACCAUCCUCCCUCCAAAGGAAUUGAAAAGCAAUGCAAUGUGACUAAUAAUUUAUUCUGCAAUGGUAGUGAGUGUAUUGUCGGAGGGGGGCUAGGCCGAUCUGACCCUGAUCAGGUCUGUGAUUCAAUAAGAUACAGAUUAAAAGGAUUACCAGCACUGCUGCGUUAACCUCAAAUGGAUUACAAACAGAUUUAACACUGUACACCAACAACCCCGGAUGCCCUUGCAUGCCCUUGAACCAACCAGAUCCCCUUUUCUGGGGAACUGAUCGAAACUGGGACCAGUAUAGUUAGUGUGUCGCCAAAAAGAAACCAUCUGACCUAUUACUAUUACACCUGUGCCACUUUGGUACAAUAGCCUCAGUACAUUGUGUCACCAGUUGAUUGUGUGUUCAUUCAGCUCUAUAUUAACACAACAUGAAACCUCCCUCUGGGGUUACAGAACAGGUCUGGAUAGUUUGCCACACACACUGGAACGGGCCAAUAGAGAGGUGACGUUAAUUAUACUCCCAGAGAGAGUGAACUGAGGUGAAUCAUUCCUGUACAUUACCAGACACCAGUGAUCUUAGAAAACAAGUGCAACCAAGACAACCGCUCUGGUGAAAUGGUUGCCCGGGCUUGUUUAUCAUAAUAAAGGGCAAGGCCCUGUUCACCUGACUAGGUGGAGAAAUAGAUGUGGGGGGCGUGGCCAACAGCGCCUUCUCCGACCAACAUUUUUAGAGGCCCUCCCAUGGCAGCAGAAACAAAAUGUUGCUCUUUUUAAAACCAUUUUGUCUGCUAUUCGCUAUGGGGAAAAGAAAGCAUUUUACAGUUUAAUUAAGCUAGUUUCCUGCAAUUCUACACAUUUUGCCAUGGCUUGUGUUGUGUUCUUAUGCUACACUUCAUGACCAAAAGCUUGUCAAACAUCUCAUUACAAAUCAUGGGCAUUAUUAUAGAGUUUGUCCCCCUUUUGGUGCUAUAACAGCCUCCACUCUUCUGGGAAGGCUUUCCACUAGAUGUUGGAACAUUGCUGCGGGGACUUGCUACUUGCUUCCAUUCAGCCACAAAAGCAUUAGUGAAGUCGGGCAAUGAUGCUGGGCGAUUAAGCAUGGCUCGCAGUCGGUGUUCCAAUUCAUUCCAAAGCUGAUCGAUGGGGUUAAGGUCAGGGCUCUGUGCAGGCUAGUCAAGUUCUUCCACACAAACCUCGGCAAACAAUUUCUGUUUGGAACUCCCUUUGUGCACGGAGGCAUUGUCAUGCUAAAACAGGAAAGGGCAUCGUAUAGAAUGUCAUUGUAUGCUGUAGCGUUAAGGUUUCCCUUCACUGGAACUAAAGGGCCUAUCCCGAACCAUGAAAAACAGCCCCAGGCAAUUCGUUAUUCCUCCUCCAAACAUUAGUUGGCACUAUGUAUUGUGGCAGAUAGCGUACUCCUGGCAUCCGCCAAACCCAGAUUUGUCCAUCGGACUGCCAGCUGGUGAAGCGUGAUUCAUCACUGCAGAGCUUUACGCCACUCCAGCCAAUGCUUGGCAUUGCGCAUGGUGAUCUUAGGCUUGUGUGCGGCUGCUCGGCCAUGGAAACCCCUUUCAUGAAGCUCCCGACAAACAGUUAAUAUGCUGACGUUGCUUCCAGAGGCAGUUGGGAACUCGGUAGUGAGUGUUGCAACUGAGGACAGAUUAUUCUUGACUCCCUACAACACUCGGCGGUCCCGUUCUGUGAGCUUGUGUGGCCUACCACUUCACGGCUGAGCCGUUGUUGCUCCUAGACGUUUCCAAUUCACAAUAACAGCACUUACAGUUGACCGGGGCAGCUCUAGCAGGGCAGAUAUUUGACAAACUGACUUGUUGGAAAGGUGGCAUCCUAUGAUGAUGCCACGUUGAAAGUCACUGAGCUCAUCAGUAAAGGCCAUUCUACUGUCAAUGUUUGUCUACAGAGAUUGCAUGACUGUGUGCUCAAUUUUUAUACAUCUGUCAGCAAAGGAUGUUGCUGAACUGUCCGACUCCACUAAUUUGAAUUGGUGUCCACAUACUUUUGUAUAUAUAGUGUAUCUGAGUGACUCAAACAUAACAAAAUCAAUUGGGGGCCCCAUGCCAAGACAUUUGGGGGAAUUUUAGAGGAAACAUUGCAAUGUUGUUUUUGUAAUAUUAUCACCCCUCUAGUAUGUGAUGUCUCUGAAACAAUACAGUUAUACUGAUCUGUAGCAUCCUGUAUCUGGGCAAAUAAUGGUUUAACCAGUUGCCAUUCCAUUUCCUCUUUAUUCCGUGCUGUAAUGUAAAGUGCUUCCAAAAUAAUAUGAACAACAGACUAGAAGGGAGCUUGUAGUAGCUGCAGUAGGGCAGGAUACUGGAGUUUUAGACUUGAUAUGUCAGGUCAUGGAGUUUCUCCCAGUAUCUCAGCGUCAGCAGGAUAAUGGAGUGGAACCUUUAGCACAGGGCAGGCCUCUGCUGAUCGCUACAACCAACCAACCACAGUGAGAGAGUCGGUGUGACGAACAGAUAGACAGAACCUCCGAGAUGCAGAGACAGACAGACAGACAGGCAGACAGACACAGACAUCAGGACAGGUUUAUGAUAUCCCUCCUUCCUACUACGGUCCUUAUUGUGGCAUUCAGCAGUUUUGUACAGCAGAAGCACGCCACAGCCAAGCCGGUGUAAAACACAAAGACUUAAUCUGACAACAUCACAAAGGCAUAUUAGUUUAUCAUUCAUUCACAGUUCACCUUAGCAUGGGUUGCCAUAACAACAGCAAGUAGCAGGGAUGAUGAGAAAGAAGUGAGGUUUACACAGCUGUGUGUAAAUGCCAACUGUCACUUUUACUGAGCUGUAAUGUUCAAAUGUCCCAUCCGUGUGUGUGUGGUAAUCUAGUAUAGUGUUUAAUUUCAAAACAAGAUCAUGAGGAUGUGUGAAGAUCAGGUCAUUGUUUUCUAGAGAGUUAGUGUUUCACUCUCUGUAUGGUGAGUGCAUUUCCUAGAUAAGGUUAAAAGAAAUGACUUGAUUUCUCACUCAACACACCCUGUGCUGGUGAAAUCUACCCGGCGCUUUCACUUGGUGGUGCAUGUCUCUAUUCUAGCGUUUAUAAUAUUAACAAUUAUUAGCCUGAAAUGCAAGGUAAUUUAUUCCUUGAAAAGUAGUCCCCAAAAAGACUGAAUGCAGAUGCUUGGGGCAGAAUACUUCACUUUUUUUUAUAGUCAGCCAUAAUACCUCUUCCAUAAUAAAAUGUUUGAGAUCUUUCGCUCUCAUCUUUUGGAGUAAAGCCAACCCAAGGGACACCCAUUUCUGACUACAAUAUUCUAAUGGCUGUAGCAUGACUUCACUAGCAAAAAUAAUACAUCUGAAGGACAAAUAACCUGCGUUGUAUAGGCUACAAAGAACUGGCUGAGGAUGUAAUUACGUAGGCUUUUGCCUGUUUCGGUUUGUGUGAUGGCACUUAGCGAUGCUACCUGUACAACAGGCUCUCGCGCUGCAGAUGAUGCUUCAGCUCCAGUAUCUGUCACCAAUUCAAAUGUCAGUUCAAACCUAUGUCUUGCAGUGCAAUGUGACAGAAGAAGGCUAUUCAAAACAUUGCAAAGAUUGUAUAACGAUAUAUGCAAUGGAGGCCGCGCAAGCGAAGAGGCUAUAAUGUGUCCUCUUAUUUCUGUGCGUAAAACUAGGCUACAGAAAAAUAACGGUUUGUAGCCUAUUUCGGCUAUUUUCUUUUUCGGUUGCCUUCCCUUUCCAUUUGAGGGGCUUAUUCGCUUUCAGGAAAUAUGCAAAUGAAGACCACUGUACUAAUUCGACAAGAGAGAAAUGAAGCAGUAUCAGCACAGCACCGCUCGCCAAGUAACCUCUGAUGAAGAUUAAGGCUUCCUCAAUGUAAAUCAUAAACAGAAUGGCGUGCUUCAGCGUUUCUACACCAUUUGCCGUGAGGUGGUGCACACACCAAUCAGAUUACAAAACAGGCAUGAUUGGCAUGUCUAAAGCCAAUGAAUUGGCUUAAUCAAGGUACCCUUUGUGGUGACACCGCAAUGAUCCACUCAUGUCUAUACUUUAUUCUGCGGGGAGGCGUGGCUUGCAUACAGUGGCGGGCUUACUCUAUCAAUCAUCAAUCAAAUGCAUUUAUAUAGCCCUUCCUACAUCAGCUGAUAUCUCAAAGUGCUGUACAGAAACCCAGCCUAAAACCUCAAACAGCAAGCAAUGCAGGUGUUGAAGCACGUUGGCUAGGAAAAACUCCCUAGAAAGGCCAAACCCUAGGAAGAAACCUAGAGAGGAACCAGGCUAUGAGGGGUGGCCAGACCUCUUCUGGCUGUGCCCGGUGGAGAUUAUAACAGAACAUGGCCAAGAUGUUAAAAUGUUCAUAAAUGACCAGCGUGGUCAAAUAAUAGGUCUGGGACAGGUAGCACGUCUGGUGAACAGGUCAGGAUUCCAUAGCCGCAGACAGAACAGUUGAAACUGGAGCAGCAGCACGGCCAUGUGGACUGGGAACAACAAGGAGUGAUCAUGCCAGGUAGUCCUGAGGCAUGGUCCUAGGGCUCAGGUCCUUUGAGAGAGAGAAAGAAAGAGAGAAUUAGAAGGAGCAUACUUAAAUUCACACAGGACACCGGAUAAGACAGGAGAAGUACUCCAGAUAUAACAAACUGACCCUAGCCCCCCGACACAUAAACUACUGCAGCAUAAAUACUGGAGGCUGAGACAGGAGGGGUCAGGAGACACUGUGGCCCCAUCCGAUGAUACCCCCGGACAGGGCCAAACAGGAAGGAUAUAACCCCACCCACUUUGCCAAAGCACAGCCCCCACACCACUAGAGGGAUAUCUUCAACCACCAACUUACCAUCCUGAGACAAGGCCGAGUAUAGCCCACAAAGAGAUCUCCGCCACGGCACAACCCAAGGGGGGGCGCCAACCCAGACAGGAAGAUCACAUCAGUGACUCAACCCACUCAAGUGACGCACCCCUCCUAGGGACGGCACUCUAUAGUGCUUUAGAGAUUUAUUCCCUCUAAAAGAAUAUAUAAAAUGAGGGAAUUAUUCAAAUGUAACUCUUAUUAUGUCAAUUGCAAUUAGGUUAGGGCAUUAUUAUAGCCUAUACUGGCUAUAAUGACUGGCACAGUGAACAUACUCAUAACAAUGAUACUGUAGUAGACAGUAGACAGCAAAUUGACCUUAAGAAUCUAUAGCAUGCAGGUGGGUCUGUAAAACAAAAACUCAAGAAGAAGAAGAUCAAAAUAACUGCAAGUUGUGUUUAUUGAAUUAAAUGGGGUAUAAUAAAAUGAGUUGUGAGUAGGGGGGUUGUCUCCCUCCCUCUUCUGUUGGCUUUGAGAGUUUAUUUAGAAAGUGGGUUGG